AUGGAGGCAGUGACCUGGACCUACUUGGCUGUGAUCUUCCUGACCAUGACGACCUGUGUGUGUGGGAUAGCGGGCAACAGCACUGUGGUUUGGCUGCUGAGCUGCCGCUUGCGGCGCACCCCCUUCUCCAUGUAUGUGCUCAACCUGGCGGCGGCCGACCUCCUCUUCCUCCUCUGUAUGGCUUGCAUAGUAAGCCUGGAGACCCAGCCCAUGCCUGACUUGGAUAUCGCCAAUGACAGAUCCAAGACGUUUAGUUUGCUUGCCAAGGCCUACGAGGUAACUAUAAGGGUGAAGUACUUCGCCUACACCACCGGCCUAAGCCUGCUCACAGCCAUCAGCACCCAGCGCUGCGUCUCAGUCCUCUACCCCCUCUGGUAUAAGUGCCACCGGCCCCAGCACCUGUCAACUGUGGUGAGCACCCUGCUCUGGACCCUGUGCUUCACCGUGAGCAUGCUGUCUUCCUACUUCUGCACCACGUUCUCCCAUUCCAAUAAGCAACACUGUUUCAGGGUAGAUGUAGCCAUAAGCACCCUCAUCAUGGGGGUCUUCACUCCUAUGAUGGCCAUAUCGAGUAUCACCCUCUUUGUCCAGGUGCGGAAGAGCAACCUGCUGCUGCGGCGGCGGCGGCGGCAGCCCCGGAGGCUGUAUAUGGUCAUCUUAGCCUCUGUCUUUGUGUUCCUUGUCUGCUCCCUGCCCCUGGGCAUCUACUGGUUUGUCCUGUACUGGACCAGCCUGGAGUGGAAGGUAAAGCUCCUCUGGCUUGGCCUGUCACGCUUUUUCUCCUCUGUGAGUAGCAGCGCCAACCCGGUCAUCUAUUUCCUGGUGGGCAGAGAGAGGCACCAGAAGCAGGAGUCUAUGAGGGCUGUUCUGGACCGAGCACUGCAGGAGGAGCCUGAGCUGGAGGAGAGGGAGACACCCUCCACGGGCACCCAGGAGGGCAUCUGA